UAACAUGGCCCGUCUUUUUGGUUUUCAGUUUUGUCAUCUUUUAUAAAAGCAAAUAUAUUCAGUUCAGCCUUAUUUUAAUUUCCAGCUGAAAAGCCAACGUCUCUGCAGAUCUCCUCCAACUCCAUACACCAAAACCAAGAAAACAAAUGCCAUUUUCAGCUUUGAGCUAUCACUAGUAUUUCCUGCUAAAGUAUAUUGCUGUUUUUGGGGGAUUCAAUGGGUGGUUGCACAUCAAAACAACCCUCCCAAGAACACAACAAUGAAAAUGCUAUUCCAGUUGAAGCUAAACCCGAAACUGAAGCCGGUAAAAAGUCUCCGUUUUUCCCAUUCUACAGUCCAAGUCCAGCACAUUCUUUAUUCUCUAAAAAGUCAUCUCCGGGGAAUCCUACUCCCCGGAGAUUCUUUCAACCGCCAUCUCCGGCCAAACACAUACGUGCUCUGCUGGCACGUCGACAAGGUUCAGUGAAACCAAAUGUAAUUCUUGAGGGACUUGAUAAGAGUUUUGGGUUUUUGAAGAAUUUUGCAAAUAAGUAUGAAGUUGGUGAGCAAGUUGGGAGAGGCCAUUUUGGGUAUACUUGUAAAGCUUACUUCAACAAAGGUGCUCAACUUAAGGGACAGGAACUUGCUGUUAAAGUCAUACCAAAAGCAAAGAUGACUACGGCGAUAGCCAUUGAGGACGUGAGAAGAGAGGUGAAGAUAUUAAGAGCUUUAACGGGACAUGACAAUCUAGUAAAAUUUUAUGAUGCAUACGAAGAUCACGAAAAUGUCUACAUAGUGAUGGAGUUAUGUGAAGGGGGUGAGCUUUUAGAUAGGAUACUUUCAAGAGGUGGAAAAUACACAGAAAAUGAUGCAAAAGCUGUGUUGAUACAAAUAUUGAAAGUCGUUGCAUUUUGCCAUCUUCAAGGUGUGGUGCACCGGGAUCUUAAACCAGAGAAUUUCUUGUUCAUGUCCAAGGACGAAAAUGCACAACUUAAAGCCAUAGACUUUGGGUUGUCCGAUUUUGUGAAGCCAGAUGAAAGGCUAAAUGAUAUUGUUGGAAGUGCAUAUUAUGUAGCGCCAGAAGUUCUACACAGAUCUUAUAGUACAGAGGCUGAUGUGUGGAGUAUAGGUGUUAUUGCAUAUAUCUUGCUGUGUGGCAGCCGUCCCUUUUGGGCUCGAACAGAGUCUGGGAUAUUUAGGGCCGUUCUCAAAGCUGAUCCAGGUUUUGACGAACAGCCUUGGCCAACAUUGUCUUCUGAAGCAAAAGACUUUGUGAAACGUCUCUUGAAUAAGGAUCCACGUAAAAGAAUGACAGCAGCACAGGCCUUGGGUCAUCCUUGGAUAAAGAACAGUCAUGACAUAGAAGUGCCUUUGGAUAUACUGAUAUUCAAACUCAUGAAGACUUACAUGCGUUCAUCUGCUCUUCGGAAAGCUGCUCUACGGGCUUUGUCAAAGACUUUGACUGUAGAUGAGCUGGUUCAUUUGAAGCAGCAGUUUGCACUGCUGGAACCAAACAAAACUGGCACCAUAAACUUGGAUAACAUUAAAGCGGCCCUGAUGAAAAAUGCAACAGAUGCCAUGAAGGAGGCACGCAUUCAUGAUUUUGUUGCUUCACUUAAUGCACUGCAAUACAGAAGGAUGGAUUUUGAGGAAUUCUGUGCUGCUGCAUUAAGUGUAUAUCAGCUUGAGGCUCUUGACCAAUGGGAACAACAUGCGCGCUGCGCAUAUGAAAUUUUUGAGAAAGAUGGCAACAGAGCAAUUAUGAUAGAAGAAUUAGCUUCAGAACUUGGUCUUGGUCCAUCUGUUCCUGUUCACGCUGUUCUUCAUGACUGGAUCAGACACACUGAUGGAAAGCUUAGUUUUCUUGGUUUUGCAAAGUUGUUGCAUGGUGUGUCAAGCCGCUCAAUAACGAAAAUCCAAUGAUUCCAGCUGCUCGGUUCAGGAAAGUUCAAUGAGUCCUUCAGUGCACUCAUGUCCUCAUUUCAUUGCUGAUGCAUUUUUGGCAAUUACAUGAGUAGCACAUGAGUUGGUUAAGAUCAACUUCGGCCCCUCUGGAGCUUCAUAUACCUGCAGUGUUCUGUAAUGCAGUUACUUUCAGGACCAGUAUGCGGUUCAUGAGGGAUGAAUUCCUAGAGAGAAUUGUUUUAUCUAGCAUUGACGCUAUGGCAUAUAGAGUAGUUUUUUUCAUGUAAAUCAAUAGUUAGUUUCUGUUUGGUUGCAGGUGAGUGUCUCUCAGCUGGUUACUGGACACUUAUACAAGAUUGUUCUAACCUAUUAGACUGCCCUAACCCCUACAAUUGCAUUUGUAUGAUUGUAUCAUGAUGUUUGUAAACAUACCGUUUAUAGCUGAAAAAAUUCCCUUACUUUCUUGCU